GUAAUUCGCAUCCGCCAUACAUGUACAACCAUGACGUCCCCACUUCGAUUAUGUUUGCUCAUUUUAAUGAACCUGUGAAUGAAUUACAGGCAAGGCUUCGUGAUUCGAACAAAAGCAUGUGGUCGCACACUUGGUUUCCUUGACAGCACCGUUGCUAUGGCCAUGCUGGUUUAUGGAGAAAGAGUAUUCAAUCAUGAACUCCACCGUCGCCGACCCGACUGACUCCAGCCAGUCUCUCUACUCGUACGAGGCCCGAUUCGGUCUCGCCUUCGUGUGGUCCGCAGCCGCUGUGCUUGGUCUGGUGGGGAACAGCCUCGUGAUCUGGUCGGUCGUUCUCUCCAAGAAGCUCCGCACCGUGACCAACGCCUUCGUGGUCAACCUCAGCGUGGCCGAUUUCUGGACCAGUCUGUCCUAUCCUUGGGAGGUGGUGGCCAUGUUGCAGGAUGAUUCUUGGCCGAUGGCCUCGGAGGUCCCCUGCGUCAUCGCUGCCAUACAAGUUUACACCGGUCUCGGCGCCAGCUUGCUGUCUCUGGCAGUGAUAGCGUUCAAUCGCUUCAUGCUGGUCACCCAGACCACCGCAACGUACAGGCAUUGGUACUCCCCGGGAAAAGUCUCCGUCAUGAUCGCCACGACUUGGAUCUGCCCGUUUUUCGUGUUCCUCCUCCCCCCAGUCAUAGGCAUCGGAGAGAUAGGAUACGAUCCCCAAGACCACACUUGCUCUGACAAGGACGGACACCCGCGCGGGACAGAAUACAACCUGGCUCAAUCUCUGGGUCUGUUCCCUGUCCCAAUGGUUAUAAUCGUCAGUUCCUACUUGGCAUUGUACAUCCAUCUCAAACGUCACUUCAGAAAGCAGAAGAAGAGGCGCACCCAGUACGCCAACCCAGCUCAGGAUGACACGUCAGCAGUUUCGCAUUCGACCGUCAGUUUUAGCGUCGCGAACGAGUGCCCCGCAACACAGCAAAACCAGACGACCAGAAACCAACGACGAGCAAUCAGCCGUCAGCAGCUGGCGAUCACCAAGAACCUCUUCAUGGUUUUCUGCAUCUUUAUAUCCCUGAUGGCCCCUUACUUUGUCUCCCUGGCAGUACCUUCCGGUCGCAGGUUCGCUCUGUACGGACUGACCAUCAGCAUCGUUAACAGCUGCGUGAACCCCAUUCUCUACACGGUCAACCAUCCCCACUUCAAGGGAGUUCUUCGGAGCAUCCUUCGCUGCCGCUACUCGCAGAUACCCGAACCAUCCGACUGGUUGAAAUCUGUCCUGUCCCGUCAUCAGUGAGAGCGUGGUCGCGCAAACAAUGUUUCAAACUCCCAGAACUUUAGUCCUAACUUGUGAGUUGAACCAUAACGAACCAGUUUCCCCUUUUCAUAACUAAGUGCGAUUAGUUCAUGCGAGCACUUGAAAAAGUUCCUUAAUGUUAAGUUGAUGCCAAUUCAAGGGAAUACAUUCUUUGAAAAACACUGUUGACAAAUUGAAAAGAUCUAACAAACUUGUAAUAUGUAGAUAUAAAGCCUGCGAGAGCAAAAGUCAAGAACAUUCAAACACUGCUGUAUUCCUGUACAUGUAUAUAAAUACCAAAAAUGAAAGCCAAAUUAAGUUCUAUUUAUUUAACCUUUCAGAUAAGUUUACACUUUCCCUUUGGCCAUCUCAACGAUCCCCAUUUUAGUACCUUGAUGGAAAGUACAUAGGUCAUAAAAACCAUUAAACCGAUCAGUUACCUAAACAUAUUUUCGUGGUGAAAUAGUGAAAAUUGUCGCGUAUAGGAACAUUAUCGUCAAAAAUGCAACCAUUUCACAGGCUUCAGAAAAGACUUGGAUAAGUCGGGCGCGAAAAAAAGAAAAGAUUCUUUACAAGCACUCUUCCUGAGGAACUUAUCUCGUAUAAUGG